AUGAAAGAGGAAGUGAGGAAAGGGCUGCGAGCCCUACUGAAGGAGUUUAAGGAUGUUUUCGCUUGGUCUUACAAAGACAUGCCAGGUUUGGAUACUGAUAUUGUGCAACACAAGCUCCCACUUAAGCAGGAAUGCCUUCCAGUCAAGCAAAGACUAAGAAGAAUGAAACCAGAAAUGUCAUUGAAAAUUAAGGAAGAGGUAAAGAAGCAAUUCGACGCAGGAUUUCUGGCUGUGGCGAAAUACCCACAAUGGGUGGCAAAUAUUGUACCAGUGCCUAAGAAAGAUGGGAAGGUUCGAAUGUGCGUCGACUAUCGUGAUUUGAAUCGUGCAAGUCCGAAGGAUAACUUCCCGUUACCACACAUCGACACUUUAGUUGACAAUACGGCCAAGUACUCGCUAUUUUCGUUCAUGGAUGGUUUCUCGGGCUAUAAUCAGAUUAAGAUGGCGCCUGAGGACAUGGAAAAGACGACCUUCAUCACGUUGUGGGGGACCUUUUGUUAUAAGGUAAUGUCUUUUGGGCUCAAGAAUGCCGGGGCAACAUAUCAAAGGGCGAUGGUGACACUUUUUCAUGAUAUGAUGCACAAGGAGAUCGAGGUUUAUGUGGAUGAUAUGAUUGCAAAGUCUGAAUCAGAAGAAGAACAUGUCCUCAACUUGAAGAAAUUAUUUGAGAAAUUGAGAAAGUAUAAACUCAGGUUAAACCCUGUCAAAUGCACAUUUGGAGUAAAAUCCGGGAAGUUGUUGGGCUUCGUGGUUAGCCAAAAGGGGAUAGAAGUGGAUCCUGACAAAGUGCGAGCGAUAUCAGAAAUGCCUGCGCCUAGCACAGAGAAGGAGGUUCGCGGUUUUCUGGGUAGAUUGAACUACAUUGCUAGAUUCAUCUCCCAAUUAACUGCUACCUGCGAACCAAUGUUCAAGUUGCUGCGGAAGAAUCAGGUUAUGGUUUGGAAUGAGGAUUGUCAAGCCGCUUUUGAAAAAAUCAAACAAUACCUGCAAGACCCACCUGUAUUGCGUCCACCCGAGCCAGGAAGACCACUCAUUUUGUACUUAACUGUAUUGGAAAGGUCAAUGGGUUGUGUAUUGGGUCAAUAUGAUGAAGCUGGAAAAAGGGAGCAUGCGAUAUAUUACUUGAGCAAGAAAUUCACAGACUGCGAACAACGAUAUUCAUCGUUAGAGCGAACUUGUUGUGCAUUGGCAUGGGCCGCUCAUCGCCUAAGGCAAUACAUGUUGAGUCACUCUACAUUGUUGAUAUCCAAGAUGGAUCCUAUCAAGUUCAUUUUUGAAAAGCCCGCUCUCACUGGAAGGAUAGCUCGGUGGCAGGUGCUAUUGUCAGAGUAUGACAUCGUAUAUGUCACUCAGAAAUCCGUCAAAGGUAGUGCAUUAGCAGAAUACCUGGCGCAUCAACCCAUCAAUGAUUAUCAGCCAAUGCAGCCCGAGUUUCCUGAUGAAGAUAUCAUGGUCCUAUUCAAAGAAGGCAGGAAAUACCGAGACGAAGAAACAUGGAUAUUACUAUUUGAUGGAGCGUCGAAUAUGAUGGGGCAUGGCAUAGGGGCAGUACUAAUCUCUCCAGAGCAGCAGUAUAUGCCCAUGACAUCAAGGCUGUGUUUUGAUUGCACGAAUAACAUUGCAGAAUAUGAGGCCUGCGCUAUGGGUAUUCGGGCGGCAAUAGAGUUCAAAGUGAAAAUUCUGGAAGUAUAUGGAGAUUCAGCUUUAGUCAUCAACCAGUUGAAGGGAGAGUGGGAAACAAGAGACGCAAAAUUAAUCCCUUACCAGGCAUACAUCAAAGGAUUAAUGGAGUGUUUCGACAUCAUCACAUUUAACCACAUACCACGGGAAGAUAACCAGUUAGCAGACGCGUUGGCUACUUUGUCAUCCAUGUUUGAGGUUGACCCGAAUACAGAAUUACCAGUGAUUGAAAUGAAGAGCCAUACGGAGCCAGCAUAUUGCCAGUUCAUCAAGGAGGAGGUGGAUGGUAAACCUUGGUACUUCGAUAUCAAGCACUAUCUUAAAACCCAAGAAUAUCCUGAAAAAGCAUCUGAAAACGAUAAAAGGUCGUUACGAAGGUUGGCUGGUAGCUUUAUUUUGAGUGGGGACAUUUUAUACAAGAGAAAUCAUGACAUGAUUCUCCUCAGAUGUGUAGAUACAAAAGAAGCCGAAUUGAUAUUGAAAGAAGUGCACGAAGGUACGUUCGGCACACACAUGAAUGGACACUCCAUGGCUAGGAAGAUCCUGAGAGCUGGUUACUUCUGGUUAACCAUGGAAAAUGAUUGUUGUACACAUGUAAGGAGGUGCGAGAAAUGUCAGAUGCAUGCAGACAAUAUCAAUGUAUCACCCACGACUUUGAACGUGUUGUCUGCACCAUGGUCGUUUUCAAUGUGGGGAAUAGAUGUUAUUGGAGCUAUAGAGCCAAAAGCAUCAAAUGGACACCGUUUCAUACUGGUCGCAAUCGAUUACUUUACCAAGUGGGUCGAAGCCGUAUCUUAUCCCAACGUGACUAGAAAGGUGGUGACCAGAUUCAUAAAAAGGGAGUUGAUCUGCAGAUAUGGGUUGCCUAACAAGAUCAUCACUGAUAAUGCCACCAACCUGAACAACCGGAUGAUGGCAGAGUUAUGUGAGGAGUUCAAAAUUCAUCAUCUUAAUUCUUCCCCUUAUCGUCCAAAAAUGAAUGGGGCAGUAGAAGCUGCUAAUAAGAAUAUCAAGAAGAUCGUGCAAAAGAUGGUGGUCACCUAUAAGGAUUGGCAUGAAAUGCUUCCCUUUGCUUUACAUGGAUAUCGUACUUCAGUACGAACGUCCACUGGUGCCACACCUUUCUCGCUGGUGUAUGGGAUGGAAGCAGUGCUUCCAUUUGAGGUGGAAGUCCCAUCUCUACGAAUUUUAUUGGAAACCCAAUUGGAGGAAGCUGAGUGGGUUCAAGCUCGGUUUGACCAGCUCAAUCUCAUCGAAGAGAAGAGACUGACAGCGGUGUGCCACGGGCAAUUGUAUCAAAGAAGAAUGAAAAAGGCUUUCGACAAAAAAGUACAUCCAAGGGAUUUCCAUGAAGGCGAACUGGUGUUAAUGAAGAUAUUGCCCAUACAAAGGGAUUUCAGAGGCAAAUGGACACCAAAUUAUGAAGGGCCAUUCGUAGUAAAAAGGGCGUUCUCUGGAGGGGCACUUAUUCUCACAAGGAUGGACGGAGAGGAGUUACCUUUACCGGUCAAUUCUGAUGUGGUAAAAAAGUUUUACGCAUGA